UUCCCAGUUUCCCACCACCACCGCCCGGCCGGCCACCCGCAUCCCUCCCCUCCGCCGCCCACCCGCCCGCAAUGGCGUCCGCCUCCCGCGCCCCGACGCCGCUGCUCAAGGACGAGCUGGACAUCGUCAUCCCGACGAUCCGCAACCUCGACUUCCUGGAGAUGUGGCGGCCCUUCUUCCAGCCCUACCACCUCAUCAUCGUGCAGGACGGCGACCCCAACAAGACCAUCCGCGUCCCGGAGGGCUUCGACUACGACCUCUACAACCGCAACGACAUCACCCGCAUGCUCGGGCCCAAGGCCACCUGCAUCUCCUUCAAGGACUCCGCGUGCCGCUGCUUCGGCUACAUGGUCUCCAAGAAGAAGUACAUCUACACCAUCGACGACGAUUGCUUCGUUGCUAAGGAUCCAUCAGGAAAGGACAUAAAUGCACUUGAGCAGCACAUCAAAAACCUUCUGAGUCCUUCAACUCCAUUUUUCUUCAAUACUCUGUAUGACCCAUACCGUGAUGGUGCUGAUUUCGUUCGUGGGUACCCCUUCAGCCUUCGUGAGGGUGUCCCAACUGCUGUUUCUCAUGGGCUUUGGCUCAACAUUCCAGACUAUGAUGCCCCUACCCAGCUUGUCAAGCCCCUUGAGAGGAAUACUAGGUAUGUGGAUGCUAUUCUUACAAUCCCAAAGGGCACCCUCUUCCCCAUGUGUGGAAUGAACCUUGCAUUUGAUCGUGAGCUCAUUGGUCCUGCGAUGUACUUCGGUCUUAUGGGCGAUGGCCAGCCUAUUGGUCGCUACGACGAUAUGUGGGCAGGAUGGUGCACAAAGGUGAUUACAGAUCAUCUGGGCCUGGGUGUGAAGACUGGCCUGCCCUACAUCUGGCACAGCAAAGCAAGCAAUCCGUUUGUCAACCUGAAGAAGGAAUACAACGGCAUCUUCUGGCAAGAGGAGCUGAUACCCUUCUUCCAGUCAGUUUCCCUUCCAAAGGAGGCCACCACUGUCCAGAAGUGUUACCUUGAGCUGGCCAAGCAGGUGAGGGCGAAGCUCGGUAAGGUAGAUGGAUACUUCAACAAGCUUGCCGACGCCAUGGUCACAUGGAUUGAGGCCUGGGAUGAGCUUAACCCCCCUAAGGGUGGAGUUGCCACUGCAAAUGGCCCUCCCAAGAAAUGAAAAUGCAACAUAGUCAUACUGAAAGGAAAUACUGUUUUGGUUAGCGCUGAUGGACUGAGAUCAUUUGCUGUAACUUGAAAAGUUAUCACCUCCCUGGAAAACUGUCUUUGGCGGUUUUAGGGUGUUUACAUUUUUUUUUUCGUGUGAUGCAACAACAGGUGUAACGUCGGAAUUGGAUUACCUUCAAAUUAGAAUAAAGUUACUGGCUAUGCUAUUGAUCUUUACCCCCAGAAUUA